GCUCUGCCUCUGUGCCACAGCCGCUUAAGGUAGCAGCAGAAGUGGCUCUAGAGACGACACUAUUGUCCACAGUAUAUCACUGCAGCUCCUUCACCUCUGUUCUGCCUCUCGUAUUCUCUUUUCCUUUUAGCGUGCGGGAUCCCACCCUUACAUAGGCUGCACUGUCAUGGCUCUGUCUGUCAUCCAGCCAAUUAUGGCAAUUCUCAGACCAGCCCCGGAGUCCCCCAGGAGGAUCAUCUUCAGCUGGCUGCACUUCGCAGCAGGCACUGUUGGACAGAUCCUCGCUGGUAAGAUUAGAAACGGCGUGUGUGCUCUUGGGUGCUGCUCAGCAGGCGCUGUUGCUUCCCAGCCCCUGGUCUCCUGUGGUGUUGACUGGAUGGCUGCUGUGGAUCGUGCUGGCGGACCUGCUGCUAUUGAUCCACUCUUACAGUCUCAGAAGAAGAGGUACUACAACAGGCCAGUGUUGGUAUAUGAUGUCAGACUGAUUGUCAGAAAGAAUUACAUUUUGACAAAGUGUAGUGUAGUAGUGUCCUGUUCUACUUUUAGAGACUAAAAGAACCACAAGUAGCCCUGCAUUCAGAGAGCACAGUGUUCUAGUGGGGUAAUAGGGUACU